GAUCAAAGAUGAGCUCGAAGAUGCCGCAUUCGCGAUAACGCAUCCUGAGGAGCGCGCGGAACUUCGUGCGCUGCUGGGCGAGCGGCAAGGAGAGAUGCUGGUGAAUACCGCCACGCGUGAACUCCAAGAGGCUUUGGAGGCUUCGCAGUUCAGGGAGCUCUCAUCCCUCCGAGUCUCGGGGCGUGCCAAGUCUGCUUACAGCACAUGGAAGAAGAUGAACAAGAAGAAUCUUCGUUUCCACGAGAUUUGGGAUCGCAUGGCCAUCCGAGUCAUCCUCGAUGCUCCGAGUGCAGAGCGCGCGCGGCAACUCUGCUUCGAAGUCCGAGAUGUCGUCGCCGGACUGUGGAAACUGGUGGAGGGGCGGAGCAAGGAUUAUGUCAGCAAUCCAAAGGCCCCGGGUCCAGGUUUGGAUUUCUGGCUGCACUUUGUGUGA